GCUCAAGCCGCUUCAGCUGAAAGUUCAAGCGGCGCGUCACGUGUUGGUCAUGUGGCGGAACAUCUUCUUCGGUUUGUUGCUGGGGCUCAUCAUCCUUCAACUCCUGGAUGUAGUGGUCCACGUUGCCACCAAGCAAGUGGAGGUGGUUCGGAUUGUCGGUAGCGUGCUGGUGAUUCUAUGGGCCAUUGCACUGGCGGUCAUGACCUGUGCUGGAAAAACAUUGCCAUGGAAAGCUUCGGUUGCCGCGUGUGUCCUCAUCAUGUUGAUCUAUUUGGUGUUGAAUAUCAUCUUCCUGGCAGAGUUUGGGCCGAUGAAUGAAGGCCGACCGCGCAUUCCCCUUUUCGGCUUUGUCCUCCUGACGUUGGGACUUGCGGCCUGUGGGGGAAGAGUGCAUGUGAAGGAUGAAGUACAGGGAAUCAAGGAAGUGAAAGAAGAGGUGCCUCCUCAAACCAUCGGAGGUGAGGUGUGAGCCGCGUGCGCCGAAGGAUGUGUCAACGGACAAGUCUCACUUUAACCUCUCGGGGCGCGCCAUGAGUUGUAUACCUGGAAUCCACAGACCAAAUGUAUCCGGGGAUGGAGAGGGUUUCAAAGGCCGGCAUUUAACAACGACUUUGCACUCAAUUUCAUUUUGACUAUUAGUGACUUUGAACGUCAAUGGUCUUCAAGUUCUUCGUGGCCAGUUUGGUGGCCGCACUGGAAGAGAACCAGCUGAAACCUCUUAAAAUCCUUUGGUGAUUGACUCGUUGCUUUCCUGCGAGCAGUCAGUG